UUUUCCGCCAGGGAGCUGUCGAGCACACAGCACUGAAAGUCAACCAUGUCUCCGCAUAACCGAAGAGCCGUCACCUCCAUCCCCCUUUCUCCUCGCAGGGAACUAUCAUUUGAAGGAGCACUCUAAAUGCACCUCAAGAAUUUAUAUGUGUGUCACAAAGAGGCGUGCUUCCAGAUGUGGAGUUCCUGCCAGGGCGUGACCUUGCUAAUCAGGCGACCCGUGGGUGGCUGUCUAUCGAAGCAACACAGUUUCAUCGUAGGAGUUUUCCCCAGUCCGUCUGCCGACCCCCAAGUUUACAUCAACAAACGACUUCUUGAUUGUCCAGUUCAACUUUGCAGGCACAGCCUCUUCGCGUCACCGCCUCUGUUCGACGAGCGGGCAGUGCUUUGCGACGCUGGUCAAGGGUACCACCCUCCACUCGGAACUUUCAGAACUGAAAGCAUAACGCGAACCUCCGGCUCACGCCUUCAAUUAGAAAUUAAUGCCCUAUUUCUAGCAUUUCCACCUCUAUGCUAUCACUGGCCUCUAGGUGGGUCAUCUGCAGAUGCCAAAAUGACCAAGAGAUGUUUUCGUGUGGUAGGACAAGAUGGUUAUUGUUAGGUUUCCUUGGCGGCUUGAGCUCUUGGGAUGGUGCUGAUGGCU